CCCCUCAUGUUAACCCCUUCCUGCCCAGUGCCAUUAGUACAGUGUCAGUGCUUUUUUUUUAGCACUGAUCACUGUAUUGGUGUCACUGGCGAUGUGCGUUCCCCCCAGUGUCAGAAUGCACAUCAGUUUCAGAAUGCCCGUUACAGUCCUGCUAUAAGUUGCUGAUCACCGCCAUUACUAGCAGUAUAUAUACUGCCAUUUGUAGAAGCUAUAACUUUCACGUAAACCGAUUAACUUACACGUAUUGGGGUUUUUUUUGGCAAAGGCAUGGAGCAGAAUACA